AUGCACAAUCUGCUGGGGGACGACAGAGGAGCCGACUCUGGGCUCUGGGAGGAGACGACCUAUGAGCUGCCGGUGAACGGGGGAACUCCCUACGAGAAGGACGUGGCGAUGGAAGCUUCAGGCACCAGAGGAUCUCCAGCCACCGGUGUCUUCCAGCAGAUGCUCCAGGCCAGACGGCAGCCGAGACUGAUUCUCAGGUUCAGAUCCACCAGCAGGCGGACCAGAACGCAGCUCAGUCUCCUCCCGGACACGCUGCUGCACUGUGUGAGCUGCGUCCACCUGCUGGCUCUGCACAGACAGCUGCUGGCUGACACGCUGCUGAUGGACCGGCCCACCAUGCAGGAUGCAGAUCUGAUCUGCAGCCCGGUACUUUCUACAUUUCCUGUCCUGUUGGAGCAGCCGGACCUGCUGGACGCGCUCAGGGGUGCGUGGCUGGAAACUGAGAUCAACAUGAGCCGAGCACAGAAGAGAGACUUGCCCUUUGUCAAACAGGAGUUUGUGAAAGUCUACAUGUCGUCCGUCUACUUCCUGCUCCACUCGCCCUCGCUGCCCCCCCACCGCUGGGCCGACGCCCCCUCGGAGCAGCAGCGGGCCAGAGCCAUCUACGCCACCCUGGAUUCCCUGAAACACCAGCAGCACACCACGGGCCAAUCAGGAUGUCCGGAGGUCUACGUGGACCCCAUGCACCCCCACCUCGCCUUCGAUAUCACAGAGUUGACCUUUGACCUCCUCCAUGUAGCGCGGGGAUGAUUACAUCACUCUCAGGGGAAAAGUUAAACUUGAGCAUUGAUUGUAUUAUUAUGAAAUGAUUUAAAUUUUUUAAAUAAGGCUUUAAUAUGGUUUAUAAUAUGGUUUACUAACGUGAAUACAAACCUUGA